AUGCACACUGGCAUAGACGUUCUAGUAAGUACUGAAGUUUCGGGAGAACGAGAGGACCUGACCCGGAAAAGACUGCCUCAGCCUUGUUUGGCCAAGGUAAACAAAGAGGAUGCAACUCAAGCCAAGUUGGAGGAGCCAGGAUCUGGGGGGCCAGAAGAGCAGACGCGGGGCCGCCGGACCCCACAGAGGAAAAGGCACCAGAAGGCAGCCCCGACCCCCGCGCCAGCCCCUACCUGCGCUCCCCGCUCGGCGCCCGGUGAUGACCUCAUCCGCGGGCGCCCAAUCCCGUCGAGCGUACCGCACGAGGCGCCGCCGCCGAAAAGUCACAUCCGGGGCCGAGAGGAACCGCCCGCGCGCCGGGCGUGCGUCCUCGCUGCGUGCCCUCAACCCGCAUGGCGGAGUCAGGGCGCGCCGCCGAGAGGCCGGGCGAGACAGGCGGUUCCGGCGCCCGCGCUGAGCCGCGGGGGCGGGGCUGAGGACGCCCGUGCGCCCGGUGCGUCUGCCCUCAGUGAGGCGGGGCGCGCGGCGGACGCCCCCGGGCAGGGGCGGGAGUGGUGGAGGGGCCAGCGGUUGGCCCUGAAAGGGGCGGUGAGCGAGCCGCGCCGGGCUCAAGCGGGGGCCGGGGGCCGGCUGCCCAGCCGGGUGCUGGAGUUGGUGUUCUCCUACCUGGAGCUGUCCGAGCUGCGGAGCUGCGCCCUGGUGUGCAAGCACUGGUACCGCUGCCUGCACGGCGAUGAGAACAGCGAGGUGUGGCGGAGCCUGUGCGCCCGCAGCCUGGCAGAAGAGGCUCUGCGCACGGACAUCCUCUGCAACCUGCCCAGCUACAAGGCCAAGGUACGUGCAUUUCAACAUGCCUUCAGCACUAAUGACUGCUCCAGGAAUGUCUACAUUAAGAAGAAUGGUUUUACUUUACAUCGAAACCCUAUCGCUCAGAGCACUGAUGGUGCAAGGACCAAGAUUGGUUUCAGUGAGGGCCGCCAUGCUUGGGAAGUGUGGUGGGAGGGCCCUCUGGGCACUGUGGCAGUAAUUGGAAUUGCCACGAAACGGGCUCCCAUGCAGUGCCAAGGUUAUGUGGCAUUGCUGGGCAGUGACGACCAGAGCUGGGGCUGGAAUCUGGUGGACAAUAAUCUACUGCAUAACGGAGAAGUCAAUGGCAGUUUUCCACAAUGCAACAAUGCACCAAAAUACCAGAUAGGAGAAAGAAUUCGAGUCAUCUUGGACAUGGAAGAUAAGACUUUAGCUUUUGAACGUGGAUAUGAGUUCCUGGGGGUUGCCUUUAGAGGACUUCCAAAGGUCUGCUUGUAUCCAGCAGUUUCUGCUGUAUAUGGCAACACAGAAGUGACUUUGGUUUACCUUGGAAAACCUUUGGAUGGAUGACAGAGACUUUCUUAGGAUGAAAGACAGAGUGGAGGAGAAAUCUUCUUGUGGGAAGUAGAACCAUGAAGUGACAGUGUCAUAUGUGCAUGUCCAAGAAACAUCCUGAAAAACACAUGAAGUUGUAAACUGGAGAAGCAACUCUACAGCAGAGAUUAUCUUGGUGUUUCCUCUUUCUACUGGGCCAGAAAAAUCCUCAGGGUUGCAGCUGGUUGAGUGGGCAGUUGACAUAUGCAUGUUGCAACAGAUUUUGUCUCUAAGUUAGCAAUGUGUUAUUUCCAACUUUAAAGGUGAGAUUUAGAGAUGCUGUAAAACAGAUAAGGAAAUAGCAAGAUUUUUAAGUAGUGUGUUUGUGAAGAAAGAUUGAUCCCAUCCUACAACUGCCUGUUCUUUCUCCAGUCCCCUUUUUUCCAGCCAGCUUGACUAUUAGAAAAGUAUGAAACUGGUUGGGUUUUAGUUAAUAUUUUUAAUAUAUUGAGAAGCAUGGUCUGCCUGGACUGCACUUCUCUAAAAAUGAGAUAUAAAAUUGUGCAGCUAUUUUAAAAGUUGUAUAUACAAUAUGUGUGUUUUAAAAAAGGACAAACAGGUUGCUUUGUUCUAGUUCAAUUUCUUAAAAACCACUACAUGGUACAAAAUUGGAAUAACAUUUGGGGACAAUUGGGUAACUACAAAGAAGAGGAUUUUAAGAGAAGGUGUGUUGUAUUGACUCAUUUUGUAUUCGUUUUGACUUACAGUCUCGUUUUGUUUUGUUUUAUAUCAAAAUUAUAGCAAAGAUCCUUCAGUCUUCUGAUUGAAGAUUGAAGGAAGGAGAGUCUGUUUCUAAUUUUACAUAUAUCAGUAAGGAUGAUCUAAACAUAAUAGUGAUGUGCAUUUUUUGGUAUCUGGUUUAAUGUUUUGGCCUUCUGAGAAAGUGUCUCAUAACAUAAAACAUUGCCAUUUGCUCUUGUAGGCCUCAAAUAUGAAAGCUAUUAGUCAUAGACUCUAGAAAGAAAAAUAAUUGAUUAAUGGUUCUUUUAUUUUGUAACUUGAUAAUGUAGAUAUUAUCCAAAAAAAUUUUAAUUUCAUAUUGUUUACAUCAUGAACAAUCUAAGCCUCAAACUUGUUAUUGGGGCUAUAAAGAAAAUGUUUACUUACCCACCUGAAACAGGUUAAGAAUAUUCUUAAUCUCAUUAUAGAUAAUUGCCCCCAUGGGACUUGAAAUAUAACACCUUGUGCUAAAACUUCAGGUUGGCAAUAUUUUGAAGGUUUCAUUGUAGAAGAGUUUUACAUUAACUCCUAUUUUGACUUAUAAAUCUUGUUUCUCUUCACUAAAACUCCUUUGAAUUAAUAAUCCAACGCACAUGAGCUGAGUUUUUCUUUUGUUAGAAGAGAAAAAAACAUCAUCUUUCUGUAUGAAAGUAUAAAUGGUAUGGUUUUAGAUACAUAAGAAUUGGUGAAGGCAAGUGAAAUCUUUGUUCUUUUUGGGUUAUUGCUGUAUGUAUAUUUUGUUUUAAAUCUAAUAAAAUUAGGGACAGCAAGCAACUGGCUGGGAUUCUUGGGUUGCUCCUUGAGAAUUAAGAUUGUCAGUACCCCUACAAAGCAGGGGAUUUCAGCCAUAGAACAAAGAUUUUUUUUGUUGCCACCUGGAAGGUUUACAGGUAUUUAUUGUGUAUUUGGUAUUUUACGUGAAAGGUGAAAUCUGUUAAAGAUUCUUUUGGAUAUCCAUGUCAAGAAGAAAACAACUUGUACAGAGUGAAAUUAUAUGUUAAAUGUAUUGGAGAAUAUAGAUGAUAUAGAAAUUGAUUUUUUUUGGUGUAGAACAACUCAAUUUGACAAAGCUUAAAAUUAAAGAAGAGAACAGGUUCAGGGUUCAGGAUGAAGAUCAACUAGUUAAAAAGUCAUAAAGUCCUUUAGGUUGAGUAAUUUUUUUUUUUUCAGGUUGUGAUAUGACCAAUUCCAAGAGUUUUGCUGAGUUUUGUUUUUAACUUCUCUUCUGUCUUGUUAGUAAACGUUAAUUUGCAACAGAGUUUUGAAGGUGCUGAAUAGAAAACAGAAACACAUUGUUAUUGCAUAUUGGAUCUAGCAUCAAAUAAUUACCAACAUAUUUAAUAACAAACCAUUCUUAUCACAAGGAUUUAAAUUCCCUAAUACCUUGCGUGCAGAUUACAUAAGAUGGAAGUUCAUAGUUACCAUGAGCAGCUGGGGAAUGACUAGCUGUCAUUUGUAAGCUGAUACAUAAAUUUGUUACUAGAGGCCAAUAGUAACUACAGAAUAUUAAACCAAACUGCUACAAUGUUCAAGGAAAUGGAAUUUCUUUUUUUAUUGGUACUGAGAGAGCAUUUAUAUAGAAGACAGUUGCACCUGAAGAUUGAGUACAAGUCAUCGAAACCAGUGGUUCUCAACCUUGGCUGUACUUUAGAGUCACUUUGGAGUGUUUUUAAAAAUAUCGAUGCUUGAAUUCCAUACACUAAGAUUUUGAUGUUGGUCUGGAAUAUGACUUCGCCACAGGAUUUUUAAAAAACUUUCUAAUGGUUUCAGUAUGCUGCCAAAGUUGAGAACCGUUGGUCUAAAAUUCACCUUGAGUUUCUCAUCUGCAAAAUAGGGGAAAAAAGUCAUUGCUCCCUCCCUUCACUACCUCACAAGGAUAUUGAGGGUAAAGGAGAAAAUAAUGGAAAAGUGCUUGUGCUUUGGAUGAAAAGUGCUGUUAAAAGGCAAAGUAGAGUUCUCUUUCAGCUGAAAUUGAUCAGGAAAAAAUGUGUAACAAGAAUGUGCUUUGUUGACUUGGGAAACUGGGAGCACUUUAUUUGAUUCUUUAAUGAAGCAUGCAGAUGUGGAAGCAAAUGUUACUAUUACUCUUACUCAUACUAUGGUCUUCUGUCAUACUUGAGAUAGGCUGUUUUAAUUUCCUGGUUUUACAUAGGAAAGAAAUAUUAAGGCUUAAUGUCUGUAAUGGUCAAUUGCUCAUAAUUCAUUAAAUCUUUUCAUACAAGGAA